CUAAAUGCAUGCUUGGAUAUGAAAUCCUCGUGCGUUCCGCAGCUUCCUUUUUUCUUCCUUUUUCUCUCCUUGUUACACUGCUAUUUCUUCGUUCUUUCCUUUUUAAUGCUAUUUUUUACACUUAUACGCGUUCAACAGCAAAUUAAAACUCAUUCAUCUUAGUUAUUCUUGAUCCUCAAAGUUCACAACUUAUUCAUAGAACAGCACUUAAUCAAGAAGGACGUUACCUCGGUUAAUUUCAUUUUCUAGAUUGCUUAUCAGUCUCCAAGUUGAGACUUUCUGAGUCAGUACACUUGGAUCACUACCUCUGGCAUUGGCAGAGUAUUCCUUCAAAGGGGUAAUUCAUCGUCCAAAAAUUGUUGGGGACACCUUGUCUUUCGAGGGAUUGUUUGCUCUACACAAGGAAUUAAACGUUAUAGAAUUUAGUCUGCAGAGAAAUUUGCAAUUCUGAUCAGCCACAUUUUACCUCACUUACAUCCAGCAUCCCAACGAUCCUGCAACAUUCGUAAUUACCUCAUGAGAUUGAGGCGUGAUAUCUUUGUGUGCUGUUUCACUAGCACAUCUUCAGACACAAUGCAAAAGGAAAAGCACAGUAAGUUGAAGUGGCGAAUCUUUCCCUACAAGGAACUUAGAAAAGCCACAAAUAAUUUUGAUCGAUUUCAUUUCAUUGGAAAGAGAGGUGGAAAGACAGGCCUUAUCACUCAAUAUCACGGAAAACUUGAGGAUGGACGUGAGAUUACAAUUCAGCGCUUUAACGGAGACCAGCGCUACUUAUUACAACAGUUUAUCAAUGAAACUAUUAUCCUAAAUUACUUGCCUCACAAAAAUAUUGUGUCAAUUUACGGGUGUGCUUCUCAUCAUGAGGAAUCUCUGCUAGUGACAGAAUACCUAUCCAAUGGCAAUCUUGCUGCUCAUCUUCAUAGUGAAAAGGACGAAAAGAUUACACUACCUUGGCUUAAACGAUUGGAUAUAGCAUUUGAUAUUGCAAAUGCAUUGAACCAUCUUCACAAUUAUGGCAUCAUCCACCGCAAUGUGAAGUCCAGUAAUAUUUUCCUAGAUGCGAACUUUUGUGCAAAAGUUGGUAACCUUCUUUUGUCGCAGAAACUUCCAGAUGGAGUUCCGGUGCAUGCGACCCAUGUUACUGGUGAUAGGGCAGGGUCAAGUGGUUAUAUGGACCCAGAGUAUUUGACAAAAGGCCAACUUAGCGUAAAAAAUGAUGUUUAUAGCUUUGGGGUGGUUUUGUGUGAGCUUCUAUCAUCGACGCUGGCAAAAGACUGGUUUCUGAAUGAAGAGGAUAAUAUUGCUACCGUUUUAAGCAAAAAAAUGGAAAACCAAGCUUUGGUGGAGCUGUUGGAUCGAAGACUUGGCUUCGACUCAAACCUUAAGAUCAAGCAGGUAAUGACUGCUACAGCUGAGCUUGCAUUUAUGUGCAUGAAAUGUCCACAAGAAUUAAGGCCAAACACGGAACAGGUGCUAGAGAUUCUCAAUGGCAUAAAGCCAGGGAGAAUUGAAACAGGCUCUUACUCAACAAAAGAUAUCUCAGCUUUGAAAAUCUUCCACAAUGCUGAACUUGAAGAAGCUACUAACAAUUUUGACAAUUUCCUUGGAAAGGGAGGGUAUGGAAGCGUGUACUAUGGGAAACUUAAAGAUGGGCGAGAGGUUGCAGUAAAAUGUUUCCAUGAAGAGAACGAGACAGAAGAGACCAUUAAGCAAUUCAUGAAAGAAACUGACAUCUUAGGUCUCUUGCACCAUCAAAAUCUGGUUUCACUUUAUGGCCGCACUUCUCGCAAUUGCGACAAACCCAUGCUAGUUUACGAGUACAUCUCCAAUGGCACUCUUACUAAACAUCUUCAUGAAUCUUCCCAUGGUAAACUACCAUGGCAUACUAGAUUGAAUAUUGCCAUUGAAACUGCAGCUGCCUUGGUAUUUCUUCAUGACUCAGCUAUCAUCCACCGUGACGUAAAAGGGAGUAACAUUCUGUUGGAUGAAAAUUUUACUGUCAAAGUUGCAGAUUUUGGAUUCUCACGGUCUCUUCCAGAUCAUGCUACUCAUGUUUCAACUAUUCCAGUAGGAACACGUGCUUACAUAGAUCCUGACUACUAUGAAUCUGGAAGAGUUAGUGACAAAAGUGAUGUCUAUAGUUUUGGGGUGGUCUUGUUCGAACUCAUAUCAUCCAUUCGCCCAAGUUCAUUGGAAGGCACAGAUGAUGAUACUCUCGCACAGUAUGCAAAGAGAAAAAUCUUAAACAAUCAAUUAAACGAGGUAGUGGAUCCAAGUUUUCGGUUUGGUUCUGAUAAAAACAUAAUGGAAAUGAUAACAGCAGUAGCAGAGUUAGCAUUUCAGUGUGUGCAGUGUCCCAAGGAAUUCAGGCCAUCCAUGAAACAGCUGCUACAGACCCUUCAGGGCAUUAGGGAAGGAACAUGGGGAUUCAACCAGAUAACAUAGUCUUUAUUCAUGCUACCAACGAUCCUGAUUCUUUGUGGUGUCUACUUAUUGAAUUUUUGUUGAACAGAGACAGUAUUUUGCUUCAGAUAUGCAAUUUCAGGUUAGCCCUACAUCAUUGAAAAUUGUGUGAAGGUGAAGGAGUAGGUUAGAAAUUUACUUAACUAUUUAUGUUGCGCUUGUUUCAGCCGGAUUACACUUUUCGAGGCACAUUGAACUUGAAUCCUUGUCUCACAUUGAAUUCACGUUCAACAAGGUUUAAUGACAAUACAAACAUGUUCUUACAUGAUAAAUAUAAAUGUAUUUCAUUUUCCAUA